AGGGAAAGGGAAAGGAAAAGGAAAAGGACGGAAGGCGAAGUCGGCGCAUUUGUCUUUGCCGACCAAUCAUCUCAUCGCUUCCGCCUCUCCUUCUUCGCGAUUAGAAAGAAGUUCGAGAUUUCGAUCGCUUCCUACUACUUCCUUGCUUCUUUCUAAUCUUCCUUCUCCUUCGACUGCACCCAUCUUCCUUUCCGAUAACCCGUAUUUUUUUCCCGUUAUCGGAAAGGCUUAUACCUGAUCUCAUCAAUCUCUAGAUCUAGGGUUUGUUGCCUUUGUCCUCCUUCUUGAACUUCUUGUUUUUUUUUCUCUCUCCCUUUUCCGGUCCUUUUAUUUGGGUUUUUUUUGGUGCCCUUUCUCUGGUGAGAUUCAAAUCGAGGCAUGAAAGCGUUGGACGAGCAGGUGGCGGCUGCUGCUGCUGCGAAGGAAGUAGAUAAGGAGAAGAAGCAACGGCGGCGGCGGCAGAAUCGGCGCCCCACCAAGCCGAGCCUGGAUAUGCUACCUGGUGCAGGAUGCAGCUUGGUGGACGCAGCUUGCGGGUCGGAGAAGUGGAGUGGCAUAAUCGGUUCUGCACCUAACAACGCAUCUGAAAUCGCCUUCAAUUCACUGCCGACGAUGCAUUUUAAUGGCACCGGCAGUGUUUUAGGCUUGGAUAUUGCAUCCGGUGCUGCCGACAGAGGGGAGAUUUCAAAAUCCUGUCCUUUUCCAGGUUUCUAUUUUCCGGUGGAGGAAGUUCCUUCUGGAGGGCCAGCUCUAUCGGGCAAUUCAAAGAAAUAUUUUGAUCCGCAUUGGUCGGAUAUGUCUGUUGAAGAAGCGAUCAAGAAGGGUCGAGCGUUUAAAGCAACAUUUCGUGUCAAUGCACACAAUCGGCUUGAGGCCUACUGUACCAUAGAUGGCCUACCUGUGGAUGUUCUUAUCAACGGAGUUCCAGCCCAAAAUAGAGCGAUAGAAGGUGAUAUUGUUGCUAUUGUGUUGGAUCCUGUUGCAAAUUGGGUAAAGUUGAAAGGAGUAAGUGUUCGUAGUAGUCUUAUUCCGUCAGAUGGUGUUGACAAUAUAACUGAGGCCAGAGAAGUGAUUGACUAUAAUGAUGUACAUAAAGAAAUAGUUGAUCUCUACUGCAAAUCUUCUAUUCCCAGUACUAAUACUCUCCCUUCAGACAAUGGGUACCAUAAUCAUGAAAACAGUGGUUUAUUUGAAGCUGUUAUUAGUGAUUUUGAAAAUGGAUCCGUCGUGUGUGAUAAACUGUCAAAUUCAGUUAAAAAUUGGGAAUUGGAACACAGAGAAGCUGCUAUUGCUUUAGAGAGAAUAUGUGCAAUGAUUAGUUCUAAUCAGUCAAAGCGUCCUACUGGUAGGGUAUUGUCCAUCAUCCGGAACUCUCCUCGACGUGAUGCAGUGAUUGGUUUUCUUGCUUUGAAGCCAUGGGUUCCUGAAGGGGAAGAAAACAGAAGGCAGAGUAAUGACCAAUUGCUUAAGAAAAGUAAGGAACCUGUACUCUUAGCUGGUUUGGACUAUAUACAAUUGAUACCUUUGGAUUCCAAGUUCCCAAAGAUGGUGGUUAAUGUGGAAAGCCUUCCAGAUUGUGCAAAGGACAGGCUUAAAAAUGGCGAUCUAUCAAUUGAAAGGGAACUAAUAGCUGCUCGAGUAGAUGACUGGAAUGAAGAAAGCCUUUGCCCCAAAGCCCAAGUUAUUCGUAUGUUGGGGCAAGGUGGGGAAACUGAGGCACAAAUGAGUGCUAUAUUGUUCAAACAUAGAAUAAACUAUUUUGACUUUUCUGCUGAAUCUUUGGCUUGUCUUCCAGAUCUACCUUGGAAGGUCCCUGAGGAGGAACUUAAAAUAAGAAAGGACCUUAGGAAUAUGUGCACAUUUACAAUUGACCCUUCUUCUGCAAUGGAGUUGGAUGAUGCAUUUUCCGUAGAACAGUUAUCUGAUAAAACAUUCAGAAUUGGUGUUCACAUUGCAGAUGUUUCAUACUUUGUUCUCCCAGAUACAGCAUUAGAUACUGAAGCCCAAGUGAGGUCAACCAGUGUGUAUAUUCCACAAUGUAAACUGUCAAUGCUGCCUUCGAAACUUUCUCAAGAAGUGUGCUCACUUUUACCGGGUCUUGAUAGGCUUGCCUUCUCAAUUAUUUGGGAAAUUGAUGAUUCUGGCAGCAUCAUGCAACAUUGGAUUGGCCGAUCAGUGAUUUGUUCUUGCUGCAAACUAUCUUAUGAUAAUGUAGAUGAUCUCAUGCACAUAGGAUUUGGCAUUGAUAGACUAAUUCAUUUUGAGAAAUUAUUUCCUGAAUUGCAUGGACAUUUUGAAUGGAAGGAUGUUGUGGACUCUCUUCGAAUUCUUCAGGUUAUCUCUAUGAAACUGAGGGAAUCUAGAUUCAGAGGAGGAGCUCUCGAGCUUGAGAAUCCUAAGCUUGCUAUCUUGUUUGAUGAGAAUGGAUCUCCAUCUGAUAGUUUUCUUGACAAGAGGAAAGAAUCUGGUUCUCUUGUUGAGGAGUUUAUGUUGCUGGCUAACAAAUCAGUUGCAGAGGUUAUCUCUAGGGUUUUGCCAGAUUCUGCUCUGCUUCGCAGGCACCCUGAGCCCAAUUUAAGGAAGCUUAAGGAGUUCAAAGUGUUUUGUGCAAAACAUGGUUUUGACUUGGAUGCUUCAACUUCUGGCAAACUGUACCUCUCAUUAUCUAAAAUCAAAGAGAAACUAAGAAAUGAUCCAGUUCUGUUUGAUAUUGUUCUCUCCUAUGCGUCAAAAGCUAUGCAGACUGCAUCCUAUGUUUGUUCUAGAGAUUUCAGGGGCAAGGAAGAUGAAUGGGCUCAUUAUGGGCUAUCAUUUCCACAUUUCACACAUUUCACUUCUCCAUUGCGAAGAUAUCCUGAUAUUGUUGUACAUAGAACUUUAUCAGCAAUACUUGAAGCUGAAAAUAUUUAUGCGAAGCUAAUACAGACUUCAGUUACGGCUAGCAAUGAACAAAUACCUGAGCAAAAAAUUGCUUAUGGAUUCUUUACCGGCCUUCUCUUUGAUAAGGAUGCUGCAGAAUCUGAGCAAGGUGGAAAAGCGUUAUCCUUGGCUGUUUUGAAACAUAAAGUUCCAGGGUCUGAAAUGCUUGCAGAAAUUGCUUCAUAUUGCAAUGAGAGACAGCUUGCUAGCAAGCAUGCUGAGGGAGCUGGAGUGGAGCUGUACCUUUGGACUCUACUGAAGAAGAGGGAGGUGCUCUUUUCCAGUGCUAGGGUUCUGGCAUUAGGACCCAGAUUCAUGACAAUUUACAUUAACAGUUAUGCUAUUGAGAAGCGGAUAUAUUAUGAUGAAGUUGAAGGAUUGGUUGUCGAGUGGCUAGAGGCUACCAACACAUUGGUUCUCAACCUAUCGAAGACUAAACCUUUCCAACGGAGGGGUAUUCCAGGGAAGUCUCGUGCCAUGGAAGAUGUAGCAUUAGUGCUUAACACAUCUGAGCUAGUGCUAGUAGAAGAAGAUGAUGAACACCCUACUUUUGGCUCUGCAACUUCUAGUACUUCCUCCACAGAAAACAAAAUUUUUCCUUCGUGCUUCCCUUUGGUGCUUCAAACUUUUUCCACUAUCCCGGUGGCUCUCUAUGCAGUUGGGGGGUACGAUGGUCCCAUAGAUGUCACUCCAAGGCUUUACAUGUGCUCAUACCUCAAGUAAGGCUAGGUUACUCUCAGAAGAUAAAUGAAUAAGCUCAAAGUGGAGGCAUGAUUUCGUCAAUACUCCAUUAAGUUAAAAAGGGCUCUUAUCAAUAGAUAUAGCACCCAAGUGUAGUAGUAGCAAUAUUAGGAAUAUUGUAAGCAUAGGGAGGUGGACUAGAUCGAUUGUCUUGUUGACAAUUUGCUAUGGAAUUGUUAGUUCAUGGAUUGAGGUAGGAGUUAGUUUUGCUUUUGGGGCAUUUUAAGUGGCUUUGCUCUAUUUUUAAUCAGUAAGCUGCUUUCUGGAGUUGGGAUUUUGCCUUAAUGCUAUGUUUUUAAAAGCUGGGCAAUGAUCCACCAGGGAUGCUCCUGGCCCCUCUCUCUCUCCCCCAGGAUUCAAGCAGUCAACUUGUGGUCCAUUUGUGCUUUUUUUUUUUUGAUUGUGGCCUUGUGGGUCUUUUAAUGUAAUUGUUCUAUUUCACAAGAGUUUGGAAGUUUGCAUGAUCA